AUUAAAUUUUUCAUUAUUAAUCCACAUCCAAAUGAAGCAAAUAACAACGCAGUAAUAAUUAAAUUAGUAUCUUCACUUUGGAAAAAUUUGGGUGGUGAAUUUUACAAUUGGUGGGAUCAUACAAAUUUGACCAGAAUUAGAUUUGAUUAA